AUGGCUCUACGCACAUAUGGUGAUAAACCUAUAAGUUUCCAAGUAGAGGAAAAUGGAGAAUAUUAUUGUAUUGGAUCUGAAGUGGGCAAUUAUCUACGCCUAUUCCGAGGAUCAUUGUAUAAACGUUAUCCUGGAAUGUUCCGAAGAUCUAUUACAAAUGAUGAGCGUAAAAAAUUAGUAGAACUUGGUUUAAGCCAACAUGUACUUGCAUCUAGUGUGUCUCUUUUAAGAGCUAGUGAAGUAGAAGAUAUUAUUGAAGGUAAUGAUGAUAAAUAUAAAGCUGUAUCAGUACAUUCAACAGAACCUCCAGCUCCUAGAGAAGGAAAAUCAAAAAAAUCAAUGCCUUGGGUACCUAGUUUACCAAAUAGUUCUCAUUUGGAUGCUGUACCUCAAGCUACACCAAUUAAUCUUUUGAUGACACAGAUCCAUCAGCAAAUUUAGAAAAUGCAGCACAACAAGAAAUGUUAGUCCCAAUUCGUUUAGAUAUGGAAAUUGAAGGACAAAAAUUAAGGGAUACUUUCACAUGGAAUAAAAAUGAAAGUCUUAUAACUCCAGAACAAUUUGCUGAGGUAUUAUGUGAUGAUUUAGAUUUAAAUCCAUUAACUUUUGUACCAGCUAUUGCACAAGCCAUAAGACAACAAAUAGAGGCUUUUCCACAAGAAACAAUUUUAGAAGAUCAAUGUGAUCAACGAGUUAUAAUUAAAUUAAACAUACAUGUAGGCAAUACAUCUUUAGUAGAUCAAGUAGAAUGGGAUAUGUCUGAAAAAGAAAAUAAUCCUGAAAAGUUUGCAAUGAAAUUAUGUGCUGAAUUAGGACUUGGUGGAGAAUUUGUUACUGCCAUUGCUUAUAGUGUACGAGGACAAUUAUCAUGGCACCAAAGAACUUAUGCAUUUUCUGAAGCACCUUUACCCACUGUGGAAGUACCUUUCAGACCACCUUCAGAAGCUGAUCAAUGGGCCCCAUUUUUAGAAACAUUAACAGAUGCAGAAAUGGAAAAGAAAAUACGUGAUCAAGAUCGAAAUACCCGGUAAAAAUUAUUACGUUAUAUAAUUUAAUAAUUAUAAUUUACAUACAUUAUAAUACACUAGAACAUAUUAUAAUUUACAUAAUUUAAAUAAUUACAAUAUUUUAAUGCUUUUGCUUUCAGACGCAUGAGACGUUUAGCAAAUACGACACCUGGAUGGUAA